UUGUUGGAUCAUCAAAUCGUAAACCGCUACAAAACCGUCAAAAAAGGAAAAGUAAUUAGUUUGUUAAGAAGAAUCCGAUGGAGUCAUCGUCACCAGCAGCAGCGAAGCCGGCGAGAGGCGCAGGAGGAAGGAAAGGAGGUGAUCGGAAGAAGAGUGUUUCCAAGUCGGCCAAGGCUGGUCUUCAGUUCCCCGUCGGUCGUAUCUCUCGUUACUUGAAGAAAGGUCGUUACGCGAUCAGGUACGGCGCCGGUGCUCCCGUUUACCUCGCCGCCGUUCUCGAGUACCUCGCCGCCGAGGUUCUGGAGCUUGCGGGGAACGCAGCGAGGGACAAUAAGAAGAACAGGAUAAACCCGAGGCAUCUCUGCUUGGCGAUAAGGAACGAUGAGGAAUUGGGGAAACUGCUCCACGGAGUCACCAUCGCGAGCGGUGGAGUUCUUCCGAACAUCAACCCGGUUCUUCUUCCGAAGAGAUCCGCAUCUCAAACUGAGAAGCCUGAGAAAGCAGCUAAAGCUGCUAAAUCUCCCAAGAAGGCUUAAAAAUGAUUACUGUUGUUUCCUUUGUUAUAUCAAUCUAGAAGAAGAACGUCUUGUUUUCUAGGGAUUGUGUAGUUUACUUUCUAUGUUUACUCUCCGUUUGGUUUGUUUAUGGAUCUCCAAUGGCUGAUUAUGUGUUUACGCCAUUUUGUAAUGAAUGAACUAAUUUCUGGGUAUCUUCUCAGUUUCUCAGUCAUCAAAUAAAUAAAAUUUCUUUGUCGAUUU